AAUGAAUUGCCUCACGAGAUUGAAUUCCACAAAGUUUCCACCUACACAUUGCCAUUAUUCGUCCUCUCCCCGGGAGUGUCUGCUUUCACCAGCUGUGCAAGGUCUUUGGCGCAGACCUGAAUGGCUCUUCUCUGAAGGUAGCUCGCGACAACUCCUUCUACCUUACUUGCGACCAAAGGUAGACGCAACCUAGCAGUAAGAUUCUUCUCCCACAAGCGUUGUGCAGACUGCGACAGCGAGUCCUCUCUAUGAUGUCUAUUCACGGCUCGCUCGCAUCAGUACACCUUAGCCGCCUUGUGAAAGCCUUCCAGUGAUAUCUAUCGCAUCUCUGUCGCGGUUUGGUGCUGUAUCCAUCACGACUUUGAAAUGGCGCAUGCAUAUUCUUCUAACCCACUGUAUGGGGGCACGCCAUCAUAUACACCACAACAACCAUAUUACCCUCCUUUUCCACCUAAUGGGCUGCAGCAGCAGGUACAGACUCCUCCAAGUUUACCGCAGCAACCUCCACAACCGCCUUCCUAUCAACCGAGUCCUACGGGCAAUGCGCCCAGGUUCGACACGAACUCCCAGAUCCGUCCUCCAGCGCCUCCGUUCCCCCAUUUUCCACAGCCCCCUGCUGCCUUCAAUCCGGAUUUGUUCAAGCAAUUUGCGACUGCAGGACUGCCUCCGCCGCCGCCCCCUCCUUCAUUUCCUCCGGUGCCCUUGCCAACGACAGGAUACCCCCAAUUUGCAUCUUCAGUCAGCAGCGCGGCUCCCUCGCCGUAUGGGCACCAUGGCAAUUCUGGAGCUCAGGGCGUAGGGACAGGAUAUGGCCAAUUAGAUCUCACACAGCAGCAUCUGGGAGAUUAUUUUGGUGGCUCGCAACAUGGCCCAGGUGAAAGUAGGGAGUCGCGAAAGUCGCGUCAUGGACCGCAGUCUUACAGCGCGUCUAUUGGUGGAUUGGAUGGAUCGUCUCAUUCGGGACAUGGUAGAAAGACCGUUGACGACGACAUUGAUAGGGAGCUUCCAUCUUUCGGCUCUAGGUCCGAUCUUGACUUGCUGUUCGCUACAGUUCAGAGUCACACUGAUCGAACAGAAGUUGGGUCAGCCGGGCACAGUGCCAGUGCAAUGACUCAAGUUCCGGUGGACGAGGGAAACGUGUCUCCUUACGACCCAUCACGUCCUGCUACCAUCCCAGAUCGUGGGUUUGGCGGCUUUGGUACAUCUGGUUCUGUCACGAAAACAGUAGCUCCAAAGCCGGUUGUGAGGACGUAUGACAACAAGUCACCAGCAGAGCUGAGACAGCUUGCAAAAGGUGCUCUGUUAUCUCUCGUUCCCCAUAACAUCCUUUAUAAGGAUCUUGUGCAAGAGGGCGUGGACCCACAAGUGCUACGAGAUCUGUACGGUGAACUUGGCAUCAAGGUUGACACUGAACGACCGAAGUCGCCACGCCAAAUCGAUACAAGUACAUCCGACCCCAGUACUACUGAAGCGGUGAGCAUAUCACAGAAGGGUGGCGUUAAUGCAGCGUCGGAAAUAGCUCCCGUCAAUGACCUUUCCAAGUCUGCUGUGGCUGCGACUCAGGCCACCUUGCCAGUGAGCGGAGUGAAUAGCGUCCAACAGAAUCAAGCAGUACAAUCUCCGGCAGCUUCAAGUGCGAAGAGUACUCAGCCAGCGCCAAGUCCGAAUCUAGAACGCAAGGACCGCAUUGCCCAACUACUGGCUGCCAAAACAGGCCGGGCUUCGUCUGCCAGUUCAACCGCCAUUGAAGAGUCUCCCAAGACUACAGCAGGGUCAAAUGCAGUUGUUUCGGCUGAGGCGGCUUCGCCUUCGGAACCGCUGACCGGUCACCAGCAGGUUCAGAGCUUGUCGAAGGCUAAGGCACAGACGGAAGUGGUAAAGCAACGGAUGGAGCAGUUGAGACGUGAGGCCCAGGCAAAGGCCGACGCCGCCGUCAAGGACACAUCGGAUUCAGUCGAUGCGGAUUCACACACAGGUGCUGGACCAACCUUCACAAUCCCGGGAUUGUUCAUGACCUCGAGUGGAAGCAUUGGCUUCGAUGAAGCUUCAGAUGAACCAGCAGUCGUGGAUGUGAUUGAGACGACCACAACAUUGGUUGCCAAGGAUACGGCGGGCGAGAAUGCGGCCACAGAAUCAAACGACCCUCAGUCUUCAAACACGACGCUCAAGCGUCCAUUGGCGAUGGAUUUUGAUGAACCGAGUACUCAGCCGCAGGCUAAAAGAGUGAAUCUUGAUGGCAAUUUGCCCCCAUCAGCGACCCAAGACAACGUCGACGAUGAGAGUCAUUCCGAGGGGGAGAUCGUCGAAGGCGCAGAAAAUGACCAGGUCGAAGACGAGCCAGGAUCGGUGCCUCAAAACCAACACGACGGAAAUCGACCUUCUGGUGAACUUCCUGUGUCAGAAAAACCCCCUCUAGCAAAACCGGACAUGUCACUGCCCGCGCUUACAGCACUGCAAGAAGCCACAGCCAACUCGACCGGUGAGAUAAGCGGUGGGGAGUCAUACCAUGCCAAACAGUCCCAAAUCGAAGCAAUGCGUCGAAAGAUUGCCGAACUAGAACAGCGUAACAAGUUGAAGCGGAGCAAAAGUCAGCUUGACACGCCUGUGUCAUCAAACCCGCCCACUCCGGCGAUGAACGCCGAAGCGCCGCAGCCAAGCGGCCUUGUAACUUCCCAACCCUCUGCACUGGCUGGAUCUAGUGCAACUUCUCAGACCAUGAACAGGCAGCCUCUAACGCGGCCGACAAUUUCCAAAUUGACACCUGCGCAGCUCGCAGAACGGGCCGCCGCUCUGAAGGCGGACUUGCUUAGACAGCGUGCACAACGGCAGCAGGUGUUGCAAGAAGGCUUGCCUGACCUGAAUGUGGAGGUGCAGAACACCGAAGCGCGCCUGGAGAAAGCACGUAACGAUCUUGCUCGCGCACGGACAGAGGUUGAAGCCCAUCAAGCCGCAUUGGAGCGAUCAAUAAAACGAGUGAAGGAACUAUCAGAAGAAAUUGCCGAGCUCGAAAAACAGCUCAAAGAAGGUCGAUCUGGGCAGAAGCAGUAUUCCGAUGAGCUUCAACAAAUCAAACUUGAAAAGCUUGCAGAAGCCCAGGAAGCGCAAGACGCCCCUGCACCGCCGCCGACGAGUACUAGCCCUCCCAUCACGGGGCAAGGUGCUUCUGAUAUUCAGAACCACCACGAAAAAGACCAUCAUCUAAGUGCACCCACACAGUCCUCAGCUCCUGGUGUUACAUUCGAUGACUCGCGCAUAGUUCAGUCGAGGACCAGCGCAACGAGUGACGAUUUGAGCCAGAAGACUAAGGAAACGCUCCCACAAUCUCCUGUCACGUCCGACAGAGCCGGUGCCGAGGAAGUAUUGGAAGAGACCACACGCGUGGACACUCUACAAACUGAUGCGAUGGACAUAUCACCUGAGCCAGAAUAUCUACCAGAGACGGAGACUCCCGCAACAGUUUCUGACUCGAGACAAACGUCUGACGAUAUGUCUAUGGAUGUGGAUGACAAUUCUGAGGGCAGUGUGAGCAUGUCAGAUAGUGGUUCAGAAGGAGAGGAAGAGGAAGAGGAUUACGAGCCUGCAGAUGUUGACACCACCCAACCAAUGCAAAGUCUUGACGAAGAUUCCGACGAAUAUGAUCCAGAAGAAGCACCAGUCGAAGAUCUGACGCCAGCCACUGGGAUUGAGCAGGAGGAUGUUGAUGUGUAUGAACCCUCCGAGCACGUGGAGGAGACGAAGGCCGACGAAUCCGCAGAUCAACGCGACAAGUCAGCUGAUCAGGCCCAGGUCGUGUCCGUGGUUUCACCUGAGACGAAAGUCGAUGACGCCGAAUCCGGACCACAGCUUACAGAGGCAGAUACUCUGACCAAGCCGCAAGAUGCACCUGACAGUGAACCCGCUCAACCGGCGCCUGUACCUGAUGACGGGCAGGUGCCUUCGGCGACCCGUUUUGUACCCUAUCAGACUCCCCUAAGCACUUUUAAGAAAUUCCGCUUCCACCGCAGCUACACCGACACCGUUAAGACCGGCUAUCGAUCAUUGACUUACAGCAAUCAAAUCGAUCCAUCCCGCCCUUUCUGUCCGACCGAGCUGUCCGGCGAGCCCUGCACGGACCCGAAAUGCGAAGAACAACACUUUGGGCAACUCGGACUUCCUGAUGAGAAGAUAUUGGUCCAAAUGAGUUCAGCUAUGGACAUUGAGGACGCAACGGAACGUAAUGAAUUCAUCGUCGGCCUUAAGCAUGUCAUCGCUGAUUUGAAGUCCCGGGGCGUCAAAGAAUUUGAGGAAGUGGCCGAUGCUCUCUCCGCAUAUCGUCGUCAGUUUUUCGCUGCCAAGGACCGCGAAGACAGCCCCUAGGUGGAAGUACAGGGAGAGAAUUGACGGUUGAGUGUGUGUCUAUUUACGCCGUCAAUUUUGCCGGGACUUGGGAUGCAUGGCUCAUACGUGGGCAGGAGAUGGCUCGCAUAGUGCCGGUGCACCAUGCUGAGUGGUGCGAAUUCGCCUUGUCUUUUCGGAGCUUGAAGCGUGACAGACUUGGAAUCUUGUACGCUCGGUACGGGGAGGGUACCACACAUACAUGGGCGGCAUGUAUGAGACCAGCCGCUCAAGAAGCAUAUCAUAGCAGAUCAUACUGUACAAUUAACAUCGAUCUCGAUGGUUGCCCACUUGGUGUCUGAGUUGCUAGGCAAAUGCCAUCUCAGUUAAGUUUACUCAAGCUAUUUGCACUGGUACAUUCAGUUUUUCAGCCGCAUAGGUCUCUCCUCUCGGCCCUUCGC